AUGCAUCAAAUUGGAUGGCCAGAAAAAUCAUUUUCCCACAAUAUUAAUGCAGCAGAUGAUGAUGAGUACAUAGAUAUAGAAGUGAGUUAUAGUGAGGAAGAAGAUUUCAUCAUCAUGGAUUUUGGUAAGCAUAACCCAGCUGAAGAUAAGCUCAGACCGAUGAAGAAAUGUGUGGUUAUCAGCAAGAGGCUACAGGCUUCCAUGGCUUAUCUCAGGUCACUCUUUAGAAAGUCUGCUUGUAAAGAUUUAUUGUCUUCUGCAAAGGCUCAAGAAUACAGUCCAGAGACUGGUAAACAAGCUGGCAAUAAGGGUUUCCACCUGAAGUCCAUGGCAGUAGAUGAACACAAGAAAGUUAACAAAAAGGGGAUUGAGGCAAAAGUGAUAAGUAGUGACAGGUCACUUUCAUUCUCAUCCGCAGAAACCAAAUGGCGUCCGCCAAAAAGAAAUUGUCUGCCCCCCUCUUCAAAUUCCUCUUUUCCCGUUUCAUUUAGCUCAUCGGGUGAUUUUGAUGGGCAUAAAUUCCACAGCAGAAGCUACAGUAGUUUCACUUCAGACAUUGAAGCUCCCAUUGAGGCAGCAAUUGCCCAUUGCAGAAAGUCUCAGAAAAACAUGGAAUGA